AUGAGCGGUUUCAGCUUAGCAUCCUCCUUCCCUUGGAAUCCUGGAGAAGAAUAUAACAUGACAUAUGAUGACAUUCCAGGCUUCAACAAGAGCCACAGUAAUAAUUAUAUAGAACCGACUCCAGAUUCUUCAUUAGAAAAGGAUAUUACAACCAUCAUUACAAUUUUAUUUUGCAUUUUUGGCUUUAUUGCAAAUGGAACUGUCAUCUGGCUUCUUGGCUUCUGCAUUAAGAGGAAUCAAUUCACCACUUACAUUCUGAACCUCUCCAUUGCUGACACUGGUUUACUCACUGCUAACUUUAUUACAGAAAUACAUUGGAUGGCAAAAUACUCUUACGAUAGCCUGCUAUGUGACGUAUUUGAUCAUAUCUUCUAUUUCACGUACAACACUGGCCAAUUCCUAUUGACAGCCAUCAGCAUUGACAGAUGUGUGUGUGUCCUCUUCCCCAUUUUGUAUCGAUGCCACAGACCACAACAUUUAACCAGGACUAUAUGUGCUUUAAUAUGGGGCCUUUCUUCCCUUUCCCCUGGAAUUCACUUAAUUCUCCACCUGAAUAAUUUGACAUCAUAUAACAUAGUAAACUUUCAGUUGAUUGUGAGUGGCCUCCUUUGCCUCCCACUCAUGACUAUCUCCACACUGAUCCUGUUCAUCAAAGUCUACUUUAAACCACGACAGCGGAGGCGUGGGAAACUUAUAGUAAUCAUCUUGCUUGCUCUUCUCUUCUUCAUUGUUUUUUCUUUUCCUCUUAAUGCCUUUUACAUUGCCGAUUAUAUUUUCCAUUCAGAAACUCCCCUUCUUGCAUUUUAUGGGUUCUUAUGUGCCUCUCUGAACAGCAGUGUUAACCCUUUCAUCUAUUUCCUGGUUGGGAGAAAGAAAAGAGGCAGACCUAUUACAAACAUGAAGGCCAUACUCCAGAAUGCUUUCAGAGAUGAGGAAAACUCUCCAGAGGAAGAGGAGACCACCGCUGAAACACAGUUAUGA